GUGAGAUAAUCCUUGCGUAUCGCGAUGGAAUAAUUCCUGUACUUUUCAACCUCAUUACUGGACUAACUAGGUAUGCACUCAGGGCAUCUAUAUUUCGGCAGUGCUCCUCCAAGCGGGCUGCUUUUUCGCUAAGGCCUCAAUCUUCCUUCUCUUUCGCGAGCUCUUUGCGAUUCAACAUUCAAUGCGUGUCGCCGUUUGGAUUGGUCUGGCAUUCGACUUCUUGCUGUACUCGUCAGGUAUCGCCGUUGCCACGUAUUACGAGACACCCCGAGCUGGUGAGACGUGGGAGGACACAUUAGACGGCCGCAGUCUCAUUCCGCUCUCAUGGUGGCAGGCUCAGUCGGCCCUUAGCACAGUUCUGGACCUGUAUAUCUUUAUCCUUCCGCUGCCUAUUAUAGCGAAGCUCGCGUUGCCUCCCCGGCGGCAGAUACCAGUCGUUGCCGUGUUCUCGUUGGCUCUCAUGGGUAUUGGAGCCAGUAUUGCUUCGCUGGUCGAGAGAAUCGAGAUCACACACAGCAACGACACAACUUGGAUUUCCUCCAUCCUUUUUCUCUGUAGUGUCACCGAGCUCAACGUGGCUAUUAUCGUGAGCUCCGCGCCUGCCUUCUUCAGCUUUUCUCGCUCACACUUGGUCAACCUACCCAGCGUUAAACUAUUACUCUCGAAUUUCUCCUUCUCGAGGAAGACGGAGUCUUACGAAUCGUACCACUUGGAGGUCACAGCAGGCGGACAAGGAUACAGCUAUAACAAUGGGGCCAGUGUCAGGCUGGACACUACCGGCGUAGGAGACAAAGUUGUGCAGGGACAGAGCCACCGGUAUCAUGAGCUCGGUGAUACAUGGACGCCCGGGCGUGGGGCAUCUUGAAGUAGGGUUUAAUAGAUAGUGGCACUUCUCAUCUCCAUAGGCGGUACAAACGCUGAAGGCCGAGCUUGUGAAGAUUGCCUAUUACAUAGCAAUCGUUAAUAGGAAUAUAGGCCUAUCGGUUAUUA